AUGUCAUUUGGAAAUUUUGAAAAUAGCCUUAUUGUAUUUGUCUUCCUAAAGAUUGGGAAAGUACCUCCUUUCACUUUUGAAACCGCUGGUGGACAGGAACAACGCUGGGGUGGACGCAUUCCCAUUCGUUAUUCCGUUUCGCCGGAUGACAAUAGAAUCUCUCCAGAGGGUGCAGUUCUCCUUGGUAAGGGGCUCCAGGUCAACCCAGCCCUGAAGAUUCUUAAGAUGGAUCGAAAUCCCCUACAGUCCGCUGGCUGCUAUGUUAUUCUCAACUUUAUCCUUAAGAAUGCCAACAAGACCAUGAAGGUCCUGACCUUUGAGGUACGAACUUGCGCAUAA